CUAAUUAGUAAUUAGUGUAUAAUUAUUUUUUAUAAAGCAAAUUUUUUGGAUAAGUCUCUUCCCAUCCAAUUGUAUCCUAUCCUAUUUCAUCCACAUAUAUACAGAGUCUCUAACAAAUACAGGUUACCAAUUUCUGAAACCCAUCUCAAAUUAAAAUCACCCGAGUACCCAAAAAAAAAAGUGCUUAGUUUUAAAUUUUAAUAUUUGAGUCUUUAAUCUCUUGGUAUCUCUGUUUUAUUUAUAUAUAUUUUUCUUCAGAUUUUUGUUAUUUCCCAUUCAUAUAGCCAAAAAAAAAAAAAAAAAAUCAAAAACCAAAACAGGAAGAAAAGUGAAGGAAAAAUAUUUGGUAUUCACUCUGUUGUUUCCACAGAUAGUAGUUAGAGAUCAUUUUAGUUUCUGCUUUUUGGAGUCAUUUUGCAUCACUCAAAGUACCAAUUGUUCUGUUAACUAUUCCUAAUUCAGGCUAACUCAAGUCACAAGGAAGAGGAGAAGAAAAGAUAAUCAAUGGAAAUUCUAUCUUCUAUUGUUGGAGCAGUAGUACAACAUACUGUUGUGCCUAUUGGACGUCAAGCAAGUUACUUGAUAUUCUACAAAGGCAAUUUCAGUAUGUUAGCAGUUAGUGUUAAAGACCUUGAGGCUGCCAAAGAAAGAAUAACCCAUUCUGUUGAAGAAGAAAGGAGAAACGGUAAAAAGAUUGAAAGAGAUGUGAUGAACUGGUUAGAGAAAGUGGAUGAGGUCAUUGUAAAGGCAAAUCAGCUUGAAAAUGAUCCUCGUCGUGCCAAUGCUAGGUGCUCAGCAUGCCCGUUCCCCAAUUUGAUUUUGCGUCAUCAACUGAGUAGGAAAGCCACAAAAAUUGUAAAAGAUGUUAUUGAAGUUCAAGAAAAAGGGAAGUUUGAUCGAAUUGGUUACCUUCCCAUCUUAGAUGGAGAAGCCUCCUCCUCCUCAACAAGAGGUGGUGAAAAUUAUGAGACAAGGGAAACACUUAAAGAGAACAUUAUGAAGGCUCUAGCACACAAUAAUUCACGCAACAUUGGGGUCUAUGGGCUGGGUGGGAUGGGUAAGACCAGUCUGGUGGAGGAAGUUGCUAAAAUAUCUGAGCAACACAAAUUGUUUGAUAAAGUUGUUACAACGAAUGUAACAAAAGAUCCAGACAUUAAAAGAAUUCAAGGGGAGAUUGCAGAUUUGUUGGGUCUGCGAUUCGAUGAGGAGACUAUUCUUGGCAGAGCACGUCGCCUAAGUCAAAGAAUAAAGAUGGAGAAAAAUAUCCUUAUCGUUCUAGAUGAUAUAUGGACCAUACUUGAUUUGAAGAAAGUCGGAAUUCCAUUUGCUAAUGAACAUAAUGGUUGUAAAUUGUUGAUGACAUCCAGAAAUCAAGAUAUGUUGCUGCAAAUGGAUGUUCCAAAGGAUUUCACUUUCAAACUUGAACUUAUGAGUGAAAAUGAGACAUGGAGCUUGUUUCAAUUAAUGGUUGGGGAUGUGGUUAAAGAUAGAAAUUUGCAAGGUUUAGCAAUUGAAGUUGCCCAAAAAUGUGCAGGUUUGCCUCUUGUGGUAGUGGCGGUAGCUCGAGCAUUGAAAGAUAAGAGGGAUGUUCAAUCUUGGAAAGAUGCAUUAAGGAGAUUACAAAGUGGUCAUCAUACAAUUUUUUCUGCUUUGGAAUUGAGUUACGACUCAUUGGAGAGUGAUGAAAUGAGGGAUGUCUUCUUGCUUUUUGCAUUAUUUCCAAAUGAUAAGGUAGAUUACUUUCUUAUAGUUGCAAUGGGUUUGGAUAUAUUAAAAGAUAUUAAGACUGUGGAUGAUGCUAGAAACAGACUUAAUCCAAUAAUCCAUUCUUUGGAGGCGUCUUGUUUGAUUGAUAUUAAAACAAGUGGAAAAAUCCAAAUGCAUGACUUUGUUCGGGAUUUUGCUAUCUCCAUAGCACGUAGGAAGAAACAUGUAUUUCUAAGAAAACAAUCAGAUGAGGAAUACCCAACCAUGGAUUUUUUAACAAGGUGCACGCAGGUCGUUAUAGAUAGUUGUGUGCUCGAGCUUCCUCAAAUGAUUGACUGUCCAAACAUUAAGUUUUUCUGUUUGAUUAGUAAGAAGAACCAUUCUUUAGAAGUUCCUGAUGAUUAUUUUGAGGGUAUGGGAAGCCUUAGAGUCCUAGAUUUAACAUUGUUGAACUUGUCUUCAUUACCCACUUCAUUUCGGUUCCUAACCAACCUUCAAACACUGUGUCUGAAUUAUUGUAUUUUGGAAAAUAUGGUUGAGAUAGGAGCUUUGCAAAAUUUAGUUAUUCUUUGCCUUGAGGGUUCUUCAAUGACCAUGUUGCCAAGAGAAAUACGACAAUUGACUCAAUUGAGAAUGCUUGAUUUGAGAAAUUCAGGAAUAGAAGUAAUCCCACCCAACAUUAUAUCAAGCUUGACCAAACUGGAGGAGUUGUACAUGGGCAAUACCUUUGUUAAUUGGGGAGAUGCGAGUUCAACGGCUCAAAACAAAAAUGCUAGCAUUUCUGAGCUUCAAAAACUACCCAAGUUGACAACUCUAGAAUUACAAAUUCGCGAGACUUGGAUGUUGCCAAGGGAUUUGCAGACGGUGUUCGAGAAGUUGGAAAGAUAUAAAAUAAUUAUUGGUGAUGUAUGGGAAUGGUCUGACAUUGUGGAUGAAACCUCAAAAACAUUGAUGCUCAAACUUGGUACUAACAUACAUUUGGAGCACGGAAUUAAAGCAUUGAUUAAAGGUGUUGAGAAUUUGUACUUGGAUGAUGUAGAUGGAAUUCAAAAUGUGGUUUAUCAAUUAAAUGGAGAAGGAUUUCCGUUGCUGAAACAUCUCCACGUCCAAAAUAAUGCAAACAUGAAGCAUAUUGUUGACUCUCAAGAGAGGAAUCAAAUCCAUGCGUCCUUUCCCAUCUUGGAAACACUAGUACUUCAUAAUCUUAAAAACUUGGAGCAUAUAUGUCUUAAUCCACUUUCAAUUACUUGUUUUGGAAGUCUUAGUGUUAUCAAAGUCAAAAAUUGUGUGCAAUUGAAAUAUCUUUUCUCCUUUACAUUGAUUAAAGAACUUUCCCAACUUUCUAAGAUUGAAGUUUGUCAGUGCAAUUCUAUGAAAGAGAUAGUGCUCGGAGACAACAGUUCAAGUGCAUCAACAAUUUUUCGAUUUCGUUCUUUGACUUUAGAAUAUUUGGAGACACUUCAGAAUUUCUUCUCCAGAAGUGAGCAAAAAGAUCAAGGGUUAGAGCCUUCUGUUUCAACACCAUUGUUCAAUGAUCAGGUUGCAUUUCCAGAUUUGGAUUUCCUUAAAUUGAGUUUUCUCAAUUCGAAUAAAAUUUGGAAUGACAAUCAUCGGUCUAUGUGCAACUUAACGAGCUUGAUUGUGGAGAGUUGUGGUGGAUUGAAGUACUUAUUCUCGUCUAUUAUGGUUAAAAGUUUUGAGAACCUCAAACAACUUGAAAUAAGUAAUUGUCCUUUGAUGGAGGAUAUAAUAGCCAAAAAAGAAAGAAACAAUAAAAUGGAAGAGGUUCAUUUUUCUAAAUUAGAGAAAAUCACAUUGAAAGACAUGGACAACUUGAACACAAUAUGGCACCGCGAAUUUGUAACAGUGAAGAUGUUGCAAGUGAGCAAUUGUAAGAAAAUUGUUGUUGUUUUUCCUUCUUCAAUGCAAAAAACAUAUGAUAAGUUAGAGAUGUUGGAGGUUACAGAUUGUGCUUUGGUAGAAGAGAUAUUUGAAUUGAGUUUCAAUGAAAAUAGCAGUGCAGAGAAUACAACACAUUUGAAAGUUGUUAUAGAUGGAUUGCCAAAACUGAAAAAUAUAUGGAGUGGGGAUCUUCGCAGAAUUCUUAGUUUUCAAACUCUUAUUUUUGUAAAACUUAGAAACUGUGAAAGCUUGGAGUAUCUAUUACCACUUCCUAUAGCCACUCGUUGUUCACAUCUCCAAGAACUUCAUAUAGACAGUUGUGAAAAUAUGAAGGAAAUUGUUGCAGAGGAGAAUGAAUCUAGUGUGAGUGCAGCUCCCACAUUUGAGUUUAAUCAACUAACUAGUUUAUCACUUUUGUACUUAGAUAAACUCAAGGGUUUCUAUGCUAAAAAGCAUACUCUAACAUGUCCAUCUUUGAAGGAAAUUGAUGUUUUCGAUUGUGCAAAGUUGAAUUUGUUCAGAACUCUAUCCACAAGAAGCUCCAAUUUUCAAGAUUACAAACUCUCCGUUUUAAGCCAACAACCACUUUUCAUUGUCGAAGAGGUUAUUCCAAAUUUGAAGGUGUUGAAAAUAAAUCACAAAGAAGCUAACGUGAUAUUGCAAGCCCAAAACUCAAGUGCCCUGUUCACCAAAAUGACAUUUCUUUGUUUGUUCCAUUAUAUUAUUGAAGAUGCUACAUUUCCUUAUUGGUUUCUUCAAAAUGUGCACACUCUUGAGGAACUAUAUGUUGAAUGGAGUUGCUUCAAGAAAAUAUUUCAAGAUGAAGGACAAAUAAGUGAGAAGAAGACUUACCCACAGCUCAAAAUGCUCACAUUGAAUGGAUUACAUAAACUUCAACAUAUAUGUGAGGAAGGCUUCCAAAUUGACCCAGUUCUUGAGCUCCUUGAAUACUUAGGUGUUAAGUUUUGUUCCAGUUUGUUAAGUUUAUUGCCUUCCUCUGUCACCCUUCAUCAUCUUGAAUAUAUGGUGAUAAAAGGUUGCAAUGGGUUAAGAAAAUUAAUUACAUCAUCUACGGCACAAAGUUUGCACAAGCUCACCUCGCUGAAGGUAGAAGACUGUAAUUCACUUGAAGAAAUAAUUACUGGAGAGGAAAAUGUUGGCAUUGCAUUUAUUAGUUUAGAAUUAUUGUUGUUGGAUUGUUUGCCAAGCCUCUACAAAUUUUGUUCUAGUAAGUGCUUCUUGAAGUUUCCAAUGUUGAAGGAAGUAAUUGUGACGGAAUGUCCUCGCAUGAAGAUUUUUUCAGAGGGAAACACAAGUACACCAAAUCUUCGAAAAGUUAAAAUUGCAGAAAAUGAUGAAUGGCUUUGGAAGGGAAACCUAAAUGAUACAAUAACCAACAUGUUUGCACACAAGGUUGCAUUUCGUAAAUUUAAGUGUUUAGCCUUAUCUGACUACCCGGAGCUAAAAGAUUUGUGGUAUGGCCAACUUAAUCACAAUGUGUUUUGCAAUCUCAAGUCCCUAGAAGUGCAAAAAUGUGAUUUUUUAUCACAUAUACUUUUACCAUCAAAUAUAAUACAAGCGCUGCAUGGAUUGGAAGAUUUAAAAGUAACAGACUGUGACUCGUUAGAAGCAGUGUUUGAUGUGAAAGGUAUGAAGUCUAGAGAAAUAUUGAUAAAACAAAGCACUCAGUUGAAAAGUUUGACUUUAUUUAGUUUGCCAAAAUUGAAGCAAAUAUGGAAUGAAGAUCCUCAUGAAAUUAUCAGCUUUGGAAACUUAUGCAAGGUGGAUGUUACUAUGUGCCAAAGCUUGCUAUAUAUCUUUCCAUUGUCACUAUGCCAAGAUCUUGGAUAUCUUGAAAUGCUUAAGAUAGACUCUUGCGGAGUUGAGGAAAUUGUAGAAAUGGAAGAAGGAUCAAUGGAAAUCAAUUUUAAUUUUCCCCAACUGAAUACAUUGGCACUAGGUUUCUUGACAAAUCUCAAGAACUUCUAUCGAGGAAAACAUGCUUUAGCGUGCCCUUCCUUGAAGAUUUUUAAUGUAUACUGUUGUGAAACAUUUAAAAUGUUUUCAUUCAACCAUUUAGACUUCCUACAGCCUAACGCAGCAGGCGGAAAUCCCAUCAUACCUCAACAAGCUCUAUUUUCUAUUGAAAAGUUGAGUCCCAACCUGGAGGAAUUGGCAAUAAAUGGCCCGGAUGUGAUGGAGAUAUUGAAUCAAGAAAAUGUCUUUCAUAAAGUUGAAUUUCUUCGUUUGCAAUGCUUCGAAGAAACUCCAACUAUUUUUCUGAAUGAUAUCCAUACAUCAUUUCCUAAUCUUAAAACAUUUCAAGUGCGUAAUAGUUCUUUUGAAACAUUGUUCCCUAGUAAUGGUCAUCUCAGCACGCAGAUCUCAGAUCAAAUAAGUUUCUUGAUGCUUUAUGAAUUGGAAAAUCUCAAGCACAUCUGGCAGGAAGACUUGGUACCAUCAUCAUCAACAUGUUUCACAAAUUUAACAUUUUUGAAAGUGGACAAUUGCAAAGAGCUUACUUAUCUAAUAACAUCCUCAACAGCUAAAAGUCUUGUACAACUCACAACAUUAAAAAUAAUGAAUUGUGAGAAGAUGUUGGAUGUUGUGAAACAGAUUGAUGAAGAAAAAGCAGAGGAAAACAUCAUAUUUGAAAACUUGGAAUACUUGGAAUUGUCUUCUUUGCCAAGUUUUAGAAGCUUCUGUUAUGGGAAACAAACAUUCAUAUUCCCAUCUUUCAUAUAUUUCAUUGUUAAAGGGUGCCCUCGAAUGAAGAUAUUCUCAUCAGGAGUCACAGUAGCACCAUACCUGACAAAAAUUGAAUUGGAGGAAGGAGAGAUGAGAUGGAAAGGUGAUCUUAAUACAACCAUUGAACAAUUGUUCAUAGAAAAGGAAGUCCCACAUUCUAAUGUUGAAUGAAUGAUAUAUCAUAGCAUUUGCAAGGGAAGGUAAUCAGUGCAGUGACAGGAUUGCUUCUCUCUGACUUCAUGGUUCUAGUUUCACUUGGUGGGAUCAUGUUCUUUAUGAUGUCUCUGAAGCUUAUCAUUGUAGUAGGCUUGAUCUUUCUGAAUUUAGAUUUAAAUAAUACUUUGUUCUUGUAUUCAAACUGCACUCUUUUUCCCUUCAUCAAGGUUUUAUCCCACUGGGUUUUCCUUGCUAAGGUUUUUAAUGAGGCAGUUGACCAACUUAUUUGGCUUGCACUAUUGUUACCUUGGGUUUUGGUCUAGUCCCCCCAAACUUUUUUAUUUUAUUUUUAAUAAUAUUUGGUUAGAGUUGGGCAUUUUGGUUGGGAGUGCAGGGGUGUCAACAUAGUUGAGAUGUCUGUACCUUUAUCCUUGCUUCUCUUUAGCCUUUUCACUUUA